CCGGACCAGACCUUACCAAGACCAGCGGAGGCAACAAAGCCUGUUUGCAACUUGAGUUUUGAGCAUGCGUGCAACGUUAUCUUUAUAAAAUACUACUGCUGCCGCAGCCGCUGCCGCUGCCGCUGUCGCUACCGCUGCAGCAUGAAUGAAGCCGCAAGAGAGCCGGUGCUGGCCGGUGCGGGCAGCGUAAGCCAAAGAGUGUAUUUAUAAAAGGUGAGGUAUUUAUGCCGGCCGCAAACACACACACCACACAAAUAAUGAAUGCGUGAGGGCACACGCUGAUAGUGCCCCACCUGAUAUUCAUACACUUUGAGCCAUCAAAGAGAGAGAGAGACGCUGGAGAGAGCGUUCUAAGCGCUCAGACAGCUCCACGGCAUAACAAACAUUGGCGAAAGGGGCGUGUGGGUGUGGGGGUGUCAAGCGUGGCAGCCAAAAUGGCAAACAAAAUGCACGUGCUAGAUAGUACAAAGAGAGCGGCAGUGAGAGUGGGAACGAGAGUACGACCGGCAGAGAGUGCCGGAGCCGGCGUGUGGGAGCGUAACCAUUAUGUCUGGCGGGGGAGAAAAGAGAGGGCGAAAAACGGGUGAUUUAGUGGCUUGUCGAUGAGAGGAGAGCGGAGCGCGGAGUCCCAAACAGUUGUUUGCUUCGCGUGACGCACUUGUUCCGUUUAGGUCCUGCAAUGCGACACGAACGGCGAGAGGAGGUGGUAAUGUUACCAAAGGAAAGAGUACCCAGAAAUCCCUAUACAAAAUGGUUUUAAUUGUGGACAUUAGAUUAUGCCGUACGUUCGUACGAGACUCUUUCCAUUAGAUUUUCUAUUCUUAAAAUGCAGAAAUUGCUGUAUAAAAAUAAAUAUAUGUUCGGAUAGUUAAUACUUUCAUAGCAACCCUCUCACCUGGUAAUGAAUGUCCUCCAUACUUGCGUCCAUUGCGACAGCUGUCUGUGCAUUUCAAAAGUUUGUCAUACAAUCUAUAAUUGGAUACAAUUAGGCUAACGCUCACCUAACCCGAUUUACCCGUCAAUUUUAAAUCGAGCCUAUAAAUGUAGAAUGAGCGGAGAGCGGAGCCUUGGAUGUCUUACAGUUGUGCAAACUUCGUUUCGUAUCCCAUAGAUACUUGCGUUUAUUUGGGCCUUGUUUAUUCAGGCCCUCAGUGGUUAUUAUGGUGACAUUUUGCUGAUUUCGCCUUACGCAAGUUGAAGGAAGAGUUUGUUUACACGUGGAUCCCAGUCAGCUUCUAAUUCUACUUACAUUUUUAACUCGAUUUAACUUCACGUUGCAUACUUUAAGGAGUACCCAAACUAAUGAGAUACUUUUCGGCUUAUGGGGUCACGUCUGUUGUGCUCUACAUAUCGCCGCCCGUUGGCUGUCCAGCCGGGUCAGUGUCAUUCGGUUUGUUUUUAUCAGUCAAAGGGAACCGCAGACCUCAAAAGUUUCAAUGUUUACUACUGGUCGCAAAAAGCUUUUCGCAGAAGACAGACUCGAGUAUUUAAUAUUGGAUCAGCAUUGGAACUAAACGGGGUCUUAGUAUGGACAUAAACGAUGUGGAACUAUCCCUGGAGGAAUCGCCCAGCUCGGAGGGGAGUUUCUCAAGCACUGCAACGGGACAGUGCUGCAGCUCAGGCAGGGAUUUGGAGAAGGCGGAGAACUUGGUUGACCCAAGAAAUCUCAAUGAAGUGGAGGCAGCUCAAGGAAAGCCAAGGAAAUCAGUCAGCGAUCUAUCGGGUGGCAAUAGCUAUGCCACAAAUAAAAAUGUGGCUGAAGGCCUCAUGGAUAUAGCUCUUCUCUCCGCGAAUGCCAACCAACUGCGAUUCCUGAUCACCUACAACGACAAGGCCUCCACCUAUAUAUACAGCCUGAUUCUGGUGAUACUCUCGUUGAGCCUGCAGCUGCUCGUAGGUCUAAUGCUUAUUUUUAAAAGACGUCUUAAGCGCUGUCAGCGUCGGCGCUAUGCGAGAACCAAUGAACUACUGGUAAUGGGAGUGUUCAUGAUCACCGUGAUCAAUAUACUGCUGGCAGCCUUCACCACAACGGACGGAAAUACGCAUUAGAAGAGAAUGGUUUUUGAAAUAUACUUUUAGAUAUAUGUAUAUGUAGUUGUAUUUGAUACAAUAUAACAGGAAAAACUA